AUGUUCAAGCCGCGAGUGCUAGCGCCCCUGCGGGCACUGGAGCGAGCCUUUACCCCGACAAUCCGGUCGACACCGACGCUCUCGCAAUCGCAAUCCCUCCUGCGCACUCUCUCCGCAACAUCCACAUUCCCGAAAACCACACCAACACCCUCCCUCUCCCGCGCACUCCUCCCAUUCACACAAGUGCGUUACGCCUCACACGCCUCCCAAGGAACGGCCAAUCAACACUCCCGUGAUCCGGCCGGUAAGCGUCUCGGAGCGAAGCGUUCGGGCGGCGAGUACGUGGUAACGGGAUGCAUCAUUUUCCGGCAGCGUGGCUCGCUAUGGUUUCCCGGUGAGAACUGCGGAAUGGGACGGGACCACACGAUCUACGCAACACAGUCCGGCUACGUGCGCUACUACCUCGACCCGCUCAAGCACUCGAAGCGCCGGUAUAUCGGAGUCGUUUUUGACAAGGAUGAGCAGCUCCCGCACCCUCGCAAUGCGCCCAGCCGACGCAAGCUGAACAUGGCACCUGUGCCGAUAACGGAACGUGUCGUGGCUCAGUCUGAUCUCGUUGCUUCUGUUGAUGAGAGCGGUGUCCGUGUGACGGAUGUCGAGGCUGUCCAGGCCGAGUCUGGCCCCCAGCUCCGCCCCGGUUACAUGUACCGUGAGGCUAAUUGGGAAAUUGGUCGGGCCGCUGAGAAGGCUGGUAUCACUGCUAUGGCGCAUGAUCGUGGUAACCGUUGGUUGGCGUGGAGGAAGCGUCAGCAGAGAGCCGAACGGGCUGCUCAGCUGAAGAGUUUGAAGGGCAAGAAGAAGACAGCCAAGAAAUGA